GCCAUGCCGCACCUCAGCGCCGGCGACAUGACGGCCUUCGUGGACCGCGCCGGCGCCGCGCUCAAUGACCGCUUCCACGUGCUCGAGCCGGGCAUCUUCGGCAAGGGAGUCCGGCAGCGGCCCGGCAGCCCCGCCUGGUUCAUGGCCGCCUCCCACGCCGGCUCCGAGCAGACCCGCAACAUGAGCCGCGCCGCGCUCGUGGCCGAGGAGGCCACCAAGUACAUCGUGCAGGCGUACGGGCUGGACGAGGCGCAGGUGAACUACGGCCUGCCCGCCGCGGACGUGCGCGACACGGCUCUGGGCGCCGCCUGCCCGCUCGAGGCGGACCUGCCCUGCCAGCCGCGCAAGUACCGCGCCUACUCGGGCCGCUGCAACAACGUGCAGAGCCCGCACUGGGGCGCCGCCGGCACGCGCUACGUGCGCCUGCUGCCCGCCGAGUACGGCGACGGCGUGGGGCUGCCGCGCGGAGCCGCUGCUCCCCCUCCAGCCGGCGGGCUGCCGUCUGCGCGCGCCGUGUCGCUGGCCGUGCACGGGGCGCGCGACCUCCCGCACGCGCACCUGGCGGCCGCCGCCGCCGUCUGGGCCGAGCUGGUGGCGCACGACGUGGCGCUCACGCCGCAGAUGACAGGCAUGGACGGCAGCAGGCUCAAGUGCUGGCGUGUGUUGGCAGGCACGGACGGCAGCAGGCUCAAGUGCUGCGGCGUGUGCAUGGACGGCAGCAGGCUCAAGUGCUGGCGUGUGUUGGCAGGCAUGGACGGCAGCAGGCUCAAGUGCUGGCGUGUGUUGGCAGGCAUGGACGGCAGCAGGCUCAAGUGCUGGCGUGUGUUGGCAGGCAUGGACGGCAGCAGGCUCAAGUGUUGGCGUGUGUUGGCAGGCACGGACGGCAGCAGGCUCAAGUGCUGGCGUGUGUUGGCAGGCACGGACGGCAGCAGGCUCAAGUGCUGGCGUGUGUUGGCAGGCAUGGACGGCAGCAGGCUCAAGUGCUGGCGUGUGUUGGCAGGCAUGGACGGCAGCAGGCUCAAGUGCUGGCGUGUGUUGGCAGGCAUGGACGGCAGCAGGCUCAAGUGCUGGCGUGUGUUGGCAGGCAUGGACGGCAGCAGGCUCAAGUGCUGGCGUGUGUUGGCAGGCAUGGACGGCAGCAGGCUCAAGUGCUGGCGUGUGUUGGCAGGCAUGGACGGCAGCAGGCUCAAGUGCUGGCGUGUGUUGGCAGGCAUGGACGGCAGCAGGCUCAAGUGCUGGCGUGUGUUGGCAGGCAUGGACGGCAGCAGGCUCAAGUGCUGGCGUGUGUUGGCAGGCAUGGACGGCAGCAGGCUCAAGUGCUGGCGUGUGUUGGCAGGCAUGGACGGCAGCAGGCUCAAGUGCUGGCGCAUGGACGGCAGCAGGCUCAAGUGCUGGCGUGUGUUGGCAGGCAUGGACGGCAGCAGGCUCAAGUGCUGGCGUGUGUUGGCAGGCAUGGACGGCAGCAGGCUCAAGUGCUGCGGCGUGUGCAUGGACGGCAGCAGGCUCAAGUGCUGGCGUGUGUUGGCAGGCAUGGACGGCAGCAGGCUCAAGUGCUGGCGUGUGUUGGCAGGCAUGGACGGCAGCAGGCUCAAGUGCUGGCGUGUGUUGGCAGGCAUGGACGGCAGCAGGCUCAAGUGCUGGCGUGUGUUGGCAGGCAUGGACGGCAGCAGGCUCAAGUGCUGGCGUGUGUUGGCAGGCAUGGACGGCAGCAGGCUCAAGUGCUGGCGUGUGUUGGCAGGCAUGGACGGCAGCAGGCUCAAGUGCUGGCGCAUGGACGGCAGCAGGCUCAAGUGCUGCGGCGUGGACUUCAAGGACUUCCACCCGGAGUGCUUCCCCAUCCGCAUCGCCGACAGCGACCCGGUGUUCGGGCGGGCCGGCGAGACGUGCCAGGAGUACGCGCGCUCCGCCACCGCCCCGCGCAUCGGCUGCACGCUAGGGCCACGUGAGCAGCUCAACAAAGUGACCUCGUACUUGGAUGCGUCCAUGAUUUACGGCAGCUCCCAGGAGGACGCGAAUAAGCUGAGGACCUUCUCUGGAGGCCAGCUGGCAUUCCAGGUGGGUCCUGGAGGCACCACACUGCUCCCGCAGGACUCAAACAACCUGGACUGCAGGCUCAACGGGACUUACAAGUGCUUCUCGGCGGGCGACCACCGCGCCAACGAGCACGUGGGGCUGGCGGCGCUGCACACGCUGUGGCUGCGAGAGCACAACAGGCUGGCGCUCGAGCUGAAGACCCGCAACCCGCACUGGGACGACGAGACCUUGUUCCAGGAGGCGCGACGCAUCGUCGCCGCGGAGAUACAGCACAUCACCUACUCAGAGUUCCUGCCCGCCGUGUUGGGUCAGAUGACGAUGGACCAGUACGGGCUGCGGCCGCAGGCGUCGGGCUUCUUCACUGGCUACGACAUCGACGCCAACCCCGGCGUGGCCAAUAGCGUGGCGGCUGCCGCGCUGUGGUUCGUCGCCUCGCUCAUGCCCAAGACGCUCUUCUCCUUCGACCGGGCGGGGCGCAAGGUCGGGGAGAGGUCGCUGGCGGCGUCCUUCUACGCGCCCGCGCAGCUGUACAAGGCGGACGGCGUGGGCGCGGCGCUGCGCAGCCUGAUGCACGGGCCCGCGCAGCGCGAGGACGAGCACAUCAACGAGGUCAUGACCAACCACAUGUUCCAGGAGCCGGGGAAAGGCGCGGGGCUGGACCUGGCGGCGCAGGUGAUCCAGCAGGGUCGCGACCACGGCCUGCCAGGCUACAUGCGCUGGAGGGAGUUCUGCGGCCUGCCCGUCGCCGCCUCCUUCCAGCAGCUGCCGGACAUCCUGCCCGCCGACGUGUCGGCGCGCCUGCAGCGAGUUUACAGGAACGUGUCUGACGUGGACCUGUUCACGGGCGCGCUGGCCGAGCGGGCAGCCCCGGGCUCCGCUGUGGGGCCGACCCUCGCCUGCCUGCUGGGCCGCCAGUUCCGCCAGCUGCGGCGCGGCGACCGCCACUGGUACGAGAACGACCUGCCGCCGUCCUCCUUCAGCAAGGAACAACUGAACGAGCUGCGGAAGGUGACCUUGGCGCGCGUCAUCUGCGACAACGUGGACCACAUGGACGAGGUGCAGCCCAACAUAUUCCUGGAGAAGGAUCCCUUCCUGAACGCGAUGGCGCCGUGCGCCGGCCCGGUGGUGCCGCGCCUGGACCUGGCGCCCUGGAGCACUGCCGGCCAGCGCCUCGCCGUGCCGCCGGCCCUGCUGGCCGAGUCGGUGGCGCGCGCCGGCCGCGACCUGGGUGACGUCAUGCGCCGCGAGCUCGACCUGUGGCGCCAGCAGCGCGGGGCGGACCCUCUGUCGCCCGUCGGCACGGCGUACGGCUUCAACCGGCCCAAGAGGCAGGCGGCGCAGAUCGCCAACACCUCGUUCCUGCUGCAGUUCGCCUCGCAGAGAUUCGUCGACAGCUUCCUGCAGAGCCAGUUGCAGGACCUCGAAGUGGGCCGCAGCGCGAAGGCGAGCCUGCACGAACUGGUGGCGCUCCUGCCGCGCGUGGAUCUCGCCGACACACUGGACAUCCCGCGAGUGUUCCGCUGCGACGAGCAGGCGCUGCCCUGCGACCACACCAGCCGAUACCGCACCGCCACGGGCUGGUGCAACAACCUGCGGCGCCCCGAGCAGGGCAAGUCCCUGCGGGCCUUCGUGCGCCUGCUGCCGCCGCAGUACCAGGAUGGGGUGGGCAGCCCGCGGGCGGUGUCCGUGACGGGCGGACCGCUGCCCAGCCCGCGCCUCGUGUCCGUGUCCGUGCACCCGGACACCAGCCGGCCGCACCUGCGCUACUCGCUCAUGUUCAUGCAGCUGGGCCAGUUGCUCGACCAUGACCUCACGCACACGCCCGUCAACCGGGCGUUCGUGGGCGAGGCGAUCCUGGACUGCCAGCCGUGCGACGCCAGCCGCGCGGUGCACCCCGAGUGCUUCCCCAUCCCCAUCCCCGAGGGCGACCCCUACUUCCCGCACGUGAACAUCAGCACGGGCCGGCCGCUGUGCAUCCCCGUCACGCGCUCCAUGCCGGGCCAGCUCACCCUGGGUUACAGGGAGCAGAUGAACCAGGUGACGGCCUACCUGGACGCCAGCUUCGUGUACGGCUCCGACGUGUGCGAGACGAACGCGCUGAGGACCUUCUCCGCGGGCAAGAUGAACGUGACCCGCCGGCCUUCGGGGGGCAAGCCCCUGCUGCCCACCACCACCACCCACCCCGAGUGCAAGUCCAGCUCCAAAGUGUGCUUCAGGGCAGGGGACGCCCGGGCCAGCGAGCAGCCGGGAUUGGCGGCCCUGCACACCUUGUUCCUGCGCGAGCACAACCGCCUGGCGGAGGGGUUGGCGGGCCUGAACCCGCACUGGUCGGACGAGACGCUGUACCAGACGGCGCGGCGCAUCCUCUCCGCCGCCUGGCAGCACGUCGUGUACGCAGAGUUCCUGCCGCGCCUGUUCGGCUGGGACGGCCUGCACCGGCACGAGCUCACCCUGCGGCCGGAGGGGUACUUCGACGGCUACGACGCGGACUGCGACGCGACCAUCGUGAACGAGUUCGCGGCGGCGGCGUUCCGCUUCGGCCACAGCCUGCUGCGGCCCAGCCUGCCGCGCGCCGACGAGUCGUACUCGCCGCGCCAGCCGCCCGUGCGCCUGCGCGACACCUUCUUCAACCCGGAGCCGCUGCGGCGCAACGGCAUGCUGGACGAGCUGCUGCGAGGCCUGGUCGCCGCGCCCAUGGAGAGCCUCGACCAGUUCAUCACCAGCGAGGUCACCAACCACCUGUUCGAGAGCCGCGCGCCCUACUCGGGCAUGGACCUGGCCGCCAUCAACAUCCAGCGAGGCAGGGACCACGGCCUGGCCGGAUACACCGCCUACCGCCGCCUGUGCAACCUGACGCGCGCCCUCGACUUCGACGGCCUGAAGGGCGAGGUGCCGUCGCCGGCGGCGGAGCGGCUGCGGCGGCUGUACGCGCACGUGGACGAUGUGGACCUGUUCCCCGGGGGGCUGGCGGAGACCCCGCUGCCCGGCGGGGUGGUCGGCCCCACCUUCGCCUGCGUCAUCGGCCACCAGUUCCGCCUGCUGCGGCGCUGCGACCGCUACUGGUACGAGAACAGCGACCCUCUGGUGCGGUUCACGGAGGCCCAGCUCGCCGACAUCAGGAAGGCGACGCUGGCCAGGCUGGUGUGCGACAACACGGACCGAGUGGGUGCCAUCCAGCGGUCGGCGCUGGACCUCGCCGACCCCUUCUUGAACCCGCGCGUGCCCUGCUCCGCCAUCCCGGGCCUGGACCUCAGCCUGUGGAAGGAGCGCCGGUCCUGCGUGGUGGGGCUCACCUCCAUCGAGGUGGGCGCGGCCGAGAGGACGUCUCCCUGCGUCAUGUGCACCUGCACCACCGAGGGGCCCAUCUGCCAGUCGCUGAAGAUCAGCAACUGCUUCGCGCUCGCCAAGUCGUUCAGCCACGCGGCCAUCCUGGGCGACCACGUGUGCAAGGUGCAGUGCGCGUUCGUGUUCCGCGCCCUGCCCAAGGUCAUGGACCAGAUCGACAACCAGCUGGGCUUCAGCUAGUGGCCCCACGGACCCACCUCGUCCGCAGCGCCUGUCGGCUCGGCCUUCCCCGGCGCGGAUCUCCGAUCGUCAUCCUUGCUGGCGUGUCCUUCAGGAGCCACUGUCAUUAAGUGUUGCAUGGGAGUCCUCUCCCGCCCUGUGGCACAGCGCUCCAAGACCUCCCGUUUGAACCCGGAAACACAAGAGGUCGUUCCCCAAGUUUUUCUACCUUGGCAAAAUAAAAAAAUAUAGUGGUUCAUAUUACAUGCAACUACCCAUCUUGAUUGUCAUAGCAAUCGGGAUGCCCUCUUGCGAACAAUAUAGAUGUACUGUACAACAUACUGCAGAAAAUAAUUGAAAAAAAAAAUUGGUUUUUACUGUGUACUUCGUGGUUUGUACGAAAACUCUUAUAAUGGAAAUACUGUUCGCUGAAAGCCUCGGUGUUAUAGUAACAUACACAAUAAGCUCCCUCUUUGAAAAAAAAAACAGUCAGUAUCAUCAACUGAACCAAGUAUUCAAAAUAAUCGACCUUACAGGAAUAAAAUAAAACUAUGUAUGAUAUGGGUUUUUAAAUAUUAUUAUUUAACCAACACUGACAGUUAGAGAAUACUAUUAAGAGAGCAUUUUGACAGAAGUUAGAGUGGCCGAGACUGUAAAAUGAUGUGCCAAUGUAGUAUUGUUACUUGUGUAAAUAUUUGUGUGUGUGUGUUUUUAUUUAGGUUUAAACUCUUUGAAGUUGAUGUGCCCUGAAAUUGUGGCUAGAAGAAUGUAAAACGAGUAAAUGAAUCAAAUUUUAUUGCUGUUGACACUUGUACAAAAAUAUCUCCCCAAAUUUAUUUAUGUAUUAUUUUAUAUACUUAGGAGUUGCAGCAGUCGAGCCUAGAUAUGUAGUUUGACUAGUCAUAUAAGUGUUACCUACAUUUUUAUAACACAUUAAGUAUAAAGUUUUUAUUAGUAUAUAUAGUAUAAUUAGGACGAUUGAAUUAGAAAUGCUUUAUUUAAAAACUAGAAAAUUUAUAUGUAGUGAAUUCUAUUGUAAAAAAAUGAGGUGCAAAUAAAAAUUAUUUUAAUAAAA